AUGAAAGUGUUAGGUGUUCCAGGACCAGCCAGCGAGGGUUCCAGCCAGCCAGCAUUCCUACCAGUCAGCCAGUGUUCCGGCCACCGGCCAGUGUUCCGGCAAGCCAACCAAUGUUCCAGCCAGCCAGCCAGUGUUCCGGCCAGCCAACCAGUGUUCCGGCAAGCCAGCAAGCGUUCCGGCCAGCCAGCCAGCGUUCCGGCCAGCCAGCCAGCAUUUUGGCCAGCCAGCCAGAAUUCCGACCAGUCAGCCAGGGCUCCGGCCAGCCAACGUUCCGCUAGUGUUCCGGCCAGGCAGCCAGCGUUACCACCAGCCAGUGUUCCGGCCAGCCACCAGUGUUCCAGCCAGCCAGCCAGUGUUCCGGCCAGCCAGCAAGCGUUCCGUCCAUCCAGCCAGUGUUCUGCCCAGCCAGCCAGUGUACCGGCCAGCCAGACAGCGUUCCGGCCAGCUAGCCAGCGAUCCUGCCUAGCGGCCAGUGUUCCAGCCAGCCAGCCAGCAAGCGUUCCGGCCAGCAGCCAGCGUUCCAGCCAGCAAACCAGUGUUCCGGCCAGCCAGCCUGUGUACCGGCCAUCUAGCCAGCGUUCCAGCCAGCCAGCCAGUGUACCGGCCAUCCAGCCAGUGUUACGGCCAACCAACCAUGGUUUCUGCCCGCCAGCAAGCGUUCCAGCAGGCAGCCAGAGUUUCGGUCAGCCAGACAGCGUUCCGGCCAGCCAGCCAGUUUUCUGGCCAGCCAACCAGCGUUCCGGCCAGCCAGACAGAGUACCGGCCAUCCAGCCAGAGUACCGGCUAUCCAGCCAGCGUUCCGUCAGAAGCCAGUGUUCCGGCCAGGCAUCCAGUGCUCCGGCCAGUCAGCCAGCGAACCGGACAUCCACCCAGCGUUCUGGCCAGCCAGCGUUCAGGCCAGCCAGCGUUCAGGCCAACCAGAUAAUGUUCUGGCCAUCAAGCCAGCAUUCCCACCAGGCAGGAUUGCGGCAAGCCAGCCAGAAUCUGACAAAGCAGCCAGUAUUCCCGCCAGCCAGCCAGUAUUCCGGAAGGCCAGCCAGUGUUCUGGCCAUCCAGCCAGCUUCUGGCCAUCCUGCCCGCAUUCCGAGCAGUCAGGAAGGGUUCCAGCCCUCCAGUGUUCAGGAAGUUUUCCAGCCAACCAGAGAAUGUUCCGGCCAGCCAGCCAAUGUUCCGACCAACGAGCCAGCAUUCCGGCCAGCCAGCCAGCAUACUGGUCAUUCAGCCGGCGUCCCAGACAGCCAGCGUUCCGGCCGGCCACCCAGUGUUCCGGACAGGCAGCCAGUGUUUCAGCCAGCCAGCCAGCGUAUCGGCCAUCCAGCCAGCAUUCCGGCCAGGCAACCAGCGUUCUACCCAGCCAGCCCAUGUUCCGGCCAGCCAGCAAGUAUACCGGCCAGCUAG